GACACGGCUGUGGUGCGCAAAUGCUUGUUUCAUUCAUAAAACUGUUGAAAGCUCUCUUGUCUGAUCCUUUUUAGUUAUAAACAGUUAUAAAUACUGUGAAAAUAUAUAGUGUGCAAGCGUGAAAUAUCGACUACACCCGCAAGUGGUACCGAGGCUGUUAGCAUGGAUAGUGAAACGUCGUUAUAAAAUUCACUUGAGAGUGGGCCAUAUAUCUGUACCUUAUUUUAUCUUCCGUGAUGUCAAUGUAACUAAAAAUGGCUUUACAUUGCAAAUUGAAGAGAUAAGCAUACGUAGCAGUUUACUUAGUAGCGAUGUAGCAAAACUGUUAGCUGUUGUUAUGAGGGACGUCAGAAUAAAUAAGGAUGUCCCAGUCGGACCGACGUGUAAGCUAAAGCAAUCCAAUGAACUAUUAGAUUUUAGAAACAGGAAAAUACCACCAAUUAUAAUAAAAUGUGUCCAGUUUACGGCUGUACAUGUAGAGAACAUAAGUGUACUGGCUCUUGGCAAUGGCUGGUUGGCGAAUGGGAAUGCAGAAAGUCUAAGCUUGGACGGCAGUAUUGUACAUGGUGCACGCACACUGUUAGCAUCCGCCUCUAUUGUCGGUGGAACUAUGAAAUUACUACGACACGCUUCCGACGCAUGUCUCUCUCAAGUAACAUUUGCUGGAACAGUAGAAGCUACGUUUAAAGCUCAGGGAGAACUUUCAGUCGAGACAUUAUGUAUUGGAGUGACGCAAACUGAAGGUUCAGGUGGUGCAGGUCUCAUUCAGUUCCUGAGAGAUAGAAAUUCACUAAGUACUACAGCUUGUACAUGCAGCAAUGUACAUAGUAAUUCAUCCAAUAACUUAAUGACUAGAAUAGCUCCUAUUUUGCCAAAAGAUUUUACAUUGAAAGUCGGUAAUUCGUUGAUAAUAGCUGGUAGAGAGGAUAGUAGUAUGAUGGGUUUGGAGGGCACCUUAAAAAGUCUUCAGGUUCAUGCAAAGUUUGAAGCUAAUAGGACGCGAUUGAAUUUUACUGUAGGCCUAGAUGGUCUGUGUGUCCGUGGAAAGCUUCCUAUUUUAACUCUACACUCGUUGUCGAUCGAUACAAAGAUGGAGGAGAAUGUUUUGUGCGUUGACGUACAACUGAAUAAUCUUUCGAUGAUGUAUGAUCACAAGGACUGGGAAUUGUUGCUAUAUAAUAAUGAAAAUGACAUUUCAAAACCUGUUAGCAGCAUAUCGUUGAAAGAUAGAUUACCAAACUUUGAGAUAACAUUAAAUGCCGAGCUGUAUGAUUCUUCGUUGAAUAUAAAAUUACCAGAUGUACAGGAGGCAUCUUGUGGUGUCGCACAUAUGAAAUUCGCCUUGAAUUUGUUUACAGACAAAGCCAAAAAUCUAAAUACAGAAUUGGUCAUUGAAUCGUUAUAUUGUGCAUUAAAUGGCGCCAAUAGCAACCUCUCCGAAACUUCUCAUCAAUGGGGCAGCCCACUUUCCAUUGGAGUAUUGUUAGCAACAACUCGUAGCAACGCCAUAGGAGUCGCAGUCGAUGCUCUUGUAACGGAAUGGAGUUUAGAGCUCGCAAAAUUUCUCGAGCAAGCUUAUAAGUGCUACAAAAAGUGUCGGCAACCAAUGGUAAAAAAGAAGGAUACGAAAUUACGUAAUUCUAUCCAAUUGAAUCUUAAAGUGACAAACUGUAAUCUAUUCUUUAUCGCGGAAAACGAGCUGUCUAUAAUGAUGCGUUUGGACAUAGCGACUGUGGAACAAAAUGCAAAGCGAUUCGUAGGCGUAGCGGAAGGUAUGAGCGCGAUAACUCUCAACAAGAACGAGCCGAUUAUGUGUCAACACGCGCAAGCCUUGACGCAUCCGUUUUUGGCAAUACGAAAGUGCAAAGCUGCGAUUAGUUCUGACGCCGUGAACAUUAGUCUCGACGGUACUAAUCUAGCAUGGAGUCCUAAUUUACAUCUUCGUCUACUGCAAUUUUGGGUGGAGUCUGAAGAUUUUAGAUCUAUUGUCAAAAAAGAAGCGAGCGCGACUCGUAUCGAAGAAGUGCAAAAAAAGAAACGCGUUUUGGACUUGCUAGCCACAGGUGGAAUCACCGUCUCUAUAGAUAUUUCUACUAAACAUUUCCUGAUACUGACGUCCGAUCAGCUGCGUUGGUCGCAGGGCGAAUGGAGACUCACCUAUGUUCGAGUUACUCUAGACAUGGCUGAUGUAAUUAUGAUUGAGGGUUUCGAAUUGAUUAGAAUAGCCGAUAACGCGGAAGUGCGGGCGGAGAGGCAAAGCAACGAGGGUUUCGUAUUGGAUUGGAACGAGUGUUGGUCGCUGAACAUCGACUCCAUCAAAAUUUGUUUUCCAUAUGAGCAUCAAUUUACAAAUGCAAUACAAAAUGAAUUGCUUAGCAUCAGAAAGUGGUUGAAGGAGAUCCAUUCCUCAAGCAUAUCUAAACGAGAGUCCCUGCCCUGCGAUUUGAUCAUCAAGAUUAAGGAGUGGACGUUCGAACUGAGCGAUGAUCCGUUCGAGGUACGUCUGCGCGACAAUUACGAACUGCUCGAAGACGAAUAUAAGGAGAGCUUAAAACGACAGGCGAUGUUGGAUGCUAAAGUACAAGAGCUUUGCCGUGCGCACUUACUGCUACCGCAAGGAAAGGUCGAGGAAUUAUACGCCAGCUUAAAUAAGAAAAACGCGGAGAUCUAUGUGCAGAGAUGGAAGCAGAUGCAACGGGCGGGCCCCGCGAGGACUCGUUUGUUCGCAUGGACUAUGUUGGACCUGGAGAUAUUAGCCCUGGCCGAUCCGUCCAUAAAUGGUACGGAUAAAGCGGUGAGAGCACUUCGAGAGAUGGACUCGGAAACACCGUGGCCCGAGGACGGUAUGGAAUUCAACACCGUGUGGGUCCGCGGGGUCAGUCUGAAAUGCGCUGAGUGGAAGCUCCAACUUCGCGAUUUCCCACAGCCACUGCUCCUGGUGGAGAAUCUGAACGUAUGGGGCAGAUUAGCUGGAGCGGAAGCUCUGGCACCACCGAGAGCGAAGAGGACCGUAAGAAUUGAAAUCGGCGCCCCAUGGGACGAUAUAGUGGUUGAAAGAGGAAUGACAUCUCUCAAGUAUUAUCACGAUCUCAAUUGGGAUAUCGACAAAUUCAGAUAUGCGUUCGGUCCAUGCUGGGAACCGGUGAUAGCGCAAUGUAAUCUCAGUUUCGAGAAGAUCCUCCAUCCAUCGAGGGAUCCAAGCCCGCCGUUGCCGUUUUGGGACAAGAUGCGACUGGCUCUUCACGGCAGACUGACGCUCUGUGUAAAACAGCUGACGGUACUGUUGCACGGCUCUCUGGAUCCGUAUAACACCACGGAAGAGAUGGAACUCACGUGGACCGGACUGGAGCUCGACUGGACGCAAGGAAAAAUCAUUAUUAAGGGCGAUCUCGACGUAUACGUACGUACAGCUAGUAAAUACGACGAUUGCCGGUUACUACAUUUGCCCAACGUCAGAUUGAGCGUUAAACUAGCGUGGGUAUGCCUAGGCGAUCCGCGUGAUCAUCAUGCCGCUAUACCCUGCGCCCCGGACCGGUUGCCCGAAUAUUCUAGCAAUCAGGAGCACGACUCGUUCAGGGCGUUUCGCUCUCAGAACCUGAACGUUAGCCUGUCGUUGGAGACCAAACCGACUGGCUCGCCUACAUUGACCAGUGCGCCAACGGCGCUGCUCUAUGGCAGCACAUUGAGAUGGUUCGAGAAUCUUAAAUUAAUUUUGUCAGGCGCGACGAGACCCACGAGGAAAGGCCCAUUGUUUAAAAACAUUCGGCCUAGGAAGAAACAGCUCAGCAGACACUACAGGAAAGUCCGGCUGACCCUGGCCUUCCAUCGGUUCCACGUUAAUUACUGGAUGUCGUUCGCCAUGCAGCGAGGCUUCGAGGUGACUGGCGGCCGAGUCGCCUGUAGCUCGGAGCACAAUCUUGCGUUACAUCCGAUUGACGACGGGCUGAUUCAUCGACCGCGGGCAGAAUGGUCCAUCGUGUAUAUGAACUGCGAGCUAAGCGAUGCCGAAAUUUGGUUGAAGAGCGCUCUGCAAGAAGACGAAAUGGAGAGCGCAUCGCUACGUCAGCCAGUCGAGAAGUGUUACUGCUUGAGCGUGGCGCGUGUCAGCUACGGCAGGGAGGCGAUGGUCGCCGGGGUGAGCGGCGACACGCCAAUUCAUCGAUUGGUCGUGCACGAUCUGCGCGGCGCCUGGACGAAGACCAAUCGUGACGUUGCUUUCGCUCUCUUUGACUCCUUCAUCAAGACUCAGCAACUGAAAAAGAAUCUGUCGACCGCGGCGCUCAAGGGUUUCCACAGGGACAACAGCUCGACGCUCAAUCCGCACAAGAACCGUGCUACCAGACCUACCGUAGUCGAUCAACAAGGCACCUCCACGCAAGUCGUAACGGCGUCGUCCUCCGUGAAGCCGCAACAAGGCGAGGCGGCGGAGAUGUUGCAGCAACUGAUAGCAGAGGCCGCGAACAAACCUGUGGCCUUCAGCGACGAUCUGUCGGUGCAGACUAGAGGACAACAACUGCGCGGGCUAGCGGCAUGUCACCAGGACGACGUCUUGCAUAAGAACUGGCUAAUUGCUUUGGUAAACAGCCAAGUGCUGUUGAAGGGCAUCGAAACCCGCGGCUACGUGAUUCUCUCGGCGGCUAAAGCGGAAAUACUACAGAGAGUCCAUCAUCCGGUUUGGAAGGAGCGAUCUCUCGUUUCGAAAACAACUUGGGUCGGCUCGUUAGAAUGCAUGCAGUACUACGCUACUGUAAGCGCAAACAUCGACGACAAUAUCGAUGACAAUAUCAUGUGGCUGACGUUGGAUAACAUACAAGAGAAAGAUUCUACCAUCAUAGCCGGUUUGCCGGACGUCCCGGCUCUGGUGGGAUCUGGUCAGAGCGUCGGCGGUGUGGUCAGUCAGACGGUGGGAGGCGGCGGCGGCUCUCAGCAUCAAUUGCAACGUAUAGUGUCUCGUUGUAAGUGCGAAUUCUUCUACGUCGGUUACGGUCAGACCUUGGAUGUGGGCUCUGUGGAUCAAGUGCCGACUCCGCCCGGAGAAGAGGUCAGCCCAUGGGAGAGGAAGGAUCUAACCGCGGCCGACGCGUUUACCUUGAUGCACCAUGAUCUGGAUGUCUGCACCAAUUCAUUGCAAUACGCGAUGAUAUUGGACAUAGUUAAUAAUUUGCUGCUAUAUGUGGAACCGAGACGAAAGGAAGCUUCAGAGAGAUUGCAAAGGAUGAGAUUCCAAUUGCAGCUGCAUUCUGUUGAGGAUCAAAAGAGACCGAUACAGCAAUUACAAAAUACGGUGCGCGGCUUGGUGGCGAAAUUGAGACGGUUGGAACGCGAGACAUACUUGGUACAGAAAGCGCUGGCCGACGAGUCUAGUCCGGAAUUACUGACUGAGAUGGAACGUUUGGAAACGAGCGUAUUCGAAUGCAAGGAACAACUUAGCGACAAGGCGGAAGAAUUGGACGUUAUGUUGAGUUGUUACAAGGAAACCACCGCUCCAGCGGCCGCGUCGACUACGCUCAAGGACAAGCCGGCCGCAGUGGCCAGGGUAGCCGAGAUUUGCUUUAAACACGCACAGUGGAGACUGACGGAUGCGGACGGUCAGUUGGGUAUCGCCGAUCUUAUUCUAACAAAUUUUCUUUAUACGAAAACUAGCAAGACCGAUGACUCGGUGGAGCAUCUGCUAGAGCUGGGAUAUGUGCGGAUGACGAAUUUAUUGCCGAAUCAGAUUUACACGGAGGUGCUUGUACCCACAGAGUUACAGAGCAACAUGCCUGUAGACCGGCAAAGAGCUCUUCGGGUUUUCUGCAGGGAAAAGGCGCCGGUAGCAGGGAUUUCCGUGAAGGAACACUUUGAGAUCAAUGUAGUACCUCUUACGAUAGGUUUGACGAAGAAGUUUUUCAAUACUAUGCUUAAGUUUUGUUUUCCUGAGAGGGAUCCGGAAGGCAUAGAGGAAGCACCGGCGCCACAACGUGAUUCGUCCUUUUACGUACCCAUCGAGAGAAGAGACGACGUGGAGAAAAUGAAGGAAAGAGCGGACAAAAACAAAUUGUUCAUAUACAUUAAGAUACCGGAAGUACCUGUUCGCGUAUCGUACAAGGGAAAUAAGGAAAAAAACCUUGAAGAUGUACGUGAUUUUGCACUGGUCAUACCAACUUUGGAAUACCAUAAUGUGACAUGGACGUGGCUCGAUCUGCUUCUAGCCAUGAAGAGCGAUUCCAGGCGUGUAAUAUUGAGUCAAGCGAUUAAACAAAAAUUGCAAAUAAAACCGAGGGGGCCACCCGAAGAAUCUACGCCGCAGGAAGAAGACAAGGCUCGCCUUUUGUUAGGUACCAGACAUCUUCCUGGGGACGCGAGAAAAAAGAGCGUAUUUAAAUUUAAGUAAUUUGUACAUCUGAUGACUUAUGUAAUCAUAGUAAUUUAUUUAUUGUGGUGUUGAUAAACGUUACGCGCGUUGUAAAUUCAUGUUUUUGUCGUCUAAAUUAAAUUGUACAAAUAACUUGUGAUGUAAAACUUAACAUAUAUAUGUAUAUAUAUACCUAUAUACAUUGUCUUAAAAUAUUGAAACAUCUACAUUUUCAUCUUUUUCGUACAGCGUUUAUGAUGGCAAAAAGAUGUGAUAUCGCAAUAAUUUAAAAAAAAAUGUAUAAGAAAUCUGAAAAUAAUCUUUUUAUCACUUUA